GCCCGCUGAGCCGGCCCUGAGCGCGGAGGUGUCUGUAUGGGGUCCGGGCGGCUCCUCGGCAGCCGUUCACCAAAGUUGGACUUUUUCCCCAUGAGCCCCGCUGCCUUCCCGGGCCCUAAGAGAGCGAAGCGCGCGAUAGGAAGCUCGGGGAGCCUAUGUUUCAGAUGAACUAAAAGCAGCAGCACUGGUGGAAGAAGAUGUAGAAGCUGAUGAAAACACAGCUGAUGGAGAGCCUUCUGCAAAAUAUGCAUGUCCAGAAAAAGACUUCAGUAAGAACUGCCAAAGCUACCAAAACUCUCCAGCAGCUGAAUUUUCAAGCCAUGAAAUGGACAGUGAGUCACAUAUCAGUGAGACAAGUGACCGCAUGGCAGACUUUGAGAGCAGUUCUAUUAAAAAUGAAGAAGAGAGCAAGGAGGUUUCAAUACCACUUGAAGACUCUACCGUAUCUGAUAGUUUAGAACAAAUGAAAGCUGUAUAUAACAACUUCCUCUCCAAUUCCUACUGGUCCAAUCUCAAUUUGAAUCUUCACCAGCCAAUUUCAGAAAAAAACAAUGGCAGCAGCAGCAGUAGCAGCAGCAGCAGCAGCAGUUGCGGAAGUGGCAGCUUUGACUGGCACCAGACUGCGAUGGCUAAAACACUGCAGCAAGUGUCUCAGAGCAGAAUUCUUCCUGAACCAAGCCUUUUUAGCACAGUUCAAUUGUACAGACAAAGCAGUAAGCUUUAUGGCUCUAUAUUUACUGGAGCCAGUAAAUUCCGCUGUAAAGACUGCAGUGCUGCCUAUGAUACUUUAGUAGAAUUAACAGUGCACAUGAAUGAAACGGGACAUUAUCGAGAUGACAACCAUGAAACUGAUAACAAUAACCCUAAAAGAUGGUCCAAACCUCGUAAACGUUCUUUGCUUGAAAUGGAAGGGAAAGAAGAUGCCCAGAAAGUAUUAAAGUGUAUGUACUGUGGUCAUUCAUUUGAAUCUCUUCAGGAUUUGAGUGUUCAUAUGAUCAAAACAAAACACUACCAAAAAGUGCCUCUGAAGGAACCUGUUACACCUGUAGCAGCUAAAAUUAUCCCAGCUACUAGAAAGAAAGCAUCACUAGAGCUUGAACUUCCAAGUUCUCCAGAUUCCACAGGUGGGACACCAAAAGCACCAGUCUCAGACACCAACGAUGCACUUCAAAAGAAUUCCAAUCCUUACAUUACACCAAAUAAUCGCUAUGGUCACCAGAACGGUGCCAGCUAUGCCUGGCACUUUGAAGCGAGGAAAUCUCAAAUUCUGAAGUGCAUGGAAUGUGGAAGUUCUCACGACACUUUGCAGGAACUCACUGCCCACAUGAUGGUGACAGGACAUUUCAUUAAAGUCACCAACUCUGCCAUGAAAAAAGGGAAGCCUAUUAUAGAAGCCCCAGCAACGCCUACAAUAACAUCCUUAGUAGAUGAGAAGGUCCAGUCUGUGCCGCUAGCUGCCACCACUUUCACAUCUCCUUCCAAUACGCCUUCUAGUGUUUCCCCUAAAUUAAAUGUUGAAAUAAAAAAAGAAGUAGAUAAAGAAAGAAGCACUGCUGAUGACAAAAUGAAAGAUAAAGAAAAGUCAAGUGAGGAUGAGGAGAAGUAUGAUAUCUCUUCAAAAUACCAUUACUUGACUGAAAACGACCUAGAAGAAAGCCCUAAAGGGGGACUGGAUAUAUUGAAGUCUUUAGAAAACACAGUUACGUCAGCUAUAAAUAAAGCCCAGAAUGGCACCCCGAGCUGGGGUGGCUACCCCAGCAUUCAUGCUGCUUAUCAGCUGCCUAAUAUGAUGAAGCUGUCAUUGGGUUCAUCUGGGAAGAGUACACCGUUAAAACCCAUGUUUGGAAACAGUGAAUUAGUAUCGCCAUCUAAAAGCCAGCCCUUGGUAUCUCCACCAAGCAGCCAGACCUCACCUGUGCCAAAAACGAAUUUUCAUGCCAUGGAAGAAUUAGUAAAGAAAGUCACUGAGAAGGUGGCUAAAGUAGAGGAAAAAAUGAAGGAGCCCGAAGGCAAGCUUUCUCCAAUGAAGCGUGCAACGCCUUCACCGUGCAGUAGUGAAGUCAGUGAACCUCUUAAAAUGGAGGCCUCCAAUGAUGGUGGCUUUAAAAGCCAACAGAACAGCCCAGUCCCUCAAAGAGAUGGUUGCAAGGACAGUCCAACUGUAGAACCUGUGGAAAACGGGAAAGAGCCUGCUAAGUCAAUCGUAGGUUCUUUAAGUAGCAGCACGGCUAUCAUUACUGAUCACCCCCCUGAACAGCCAUUUGUAAACCCAUUAAGUGCACUGCAGUCUGUCAUGAAUAUUCACCUUGGGAAGGCAGCAAAGCCAUCUUUGCCCGCGUUGGAUCCAAUGAGCAUGCUUUUUAAAAUGAGCAACAGUUUGGCAGAAAAGGCUGCAGUGGCCACCCCACCUCUCCAGUCCAAAAAAACAGACCACUUAGACCGUUAUUUUUAUCAUGUCAACAAUGACCAACCCAUAGAUUUGACGAAAGGCAAGAGUGACAAAAGCUGCUCUUUGGGUUCAGCGCUUUUGUCAUCCACAUCGACAUCUUCUGCAUCUUCUUCAUCUACAGUGACAACAGCAAAGACAUCUGCAGUCGUGUCAUUCAUGUCAAACUCGCCGCUACGCGAGAAUGCCUUGUCAGAUAUAUCUGAUAUGCUGAAGAACCUGACAGAAAGUCACACAUCAAAAUCUUCCACACCUUCCAGCAUAUCUGAGAAAUCUGACAUUGAUGGUACCACAAUAGAGGAACCAGAAGAGAGUACACCAGCUCAGAAAAGGAAGGGACGUCAGUCUAACUGGAACCCUCAGCACUUGCUCAUCUUGCAGGCCCAGUUUGCAGCUAGUUUACGGCAGACUUCAGAGGGGAAAUACAUAAUGUCAGACUUGAGCCCUCAAGAAAGAAUGCACAUUUCCAGGUUUACGGGACUUUCAAUGACCACGAUUAGCCAUUGGCUAGCCAAUGUGAAAUACCAGCUCCGAAGGACGGGGGGAACUAAGUUCCUUAAAAAUUUGGACACUGGGCAUCCAGUGUUCUUUUGUAAUGACUGCGCUUCACAGAUCAGAACUCCUUCAACUUAUAUCAGUCAUCUUGAAUCGCAUCUGGGUUUCAGGUUAAGGGACUUGUCCAAACUGUCCAGUGAACAGAUUAACAAUCAGAUAGCACAAGCAAAGUCACCGUCUGAAAAGCUGGUGACAUCCUCUCCAGAGGAAGAUAUCGGAACUUCUUACCAGUGCAAACUUUGUAACAGGACUUUUGCAAGCAAGCAUGCUGUUAAACUUCAUCUUAGUAAAACACAUGGGAAGUCACCAGAGGAUCAUCUUCUGUAUGUUUCAGAGUUAGAGAAGCAGUAGCAUUUGCUUUUGAUUAAAAUAACUGUAAUUUGCUUUGAGGAAAACUGUCAAAGACGCCUUAAAGCUACUGUUUAAUUCUUGGCACAUGUUCUUAUUUUAACUCCAGAGUCGCUCUGGGCUGAACUGUUUUGUAUAACUGUACAGUGUUUAGAGGUGCAUAAUCAGCUGUUGUUACUGGUAAACUAUGAAGGUUAAAAUGCAGUGGUAAGUGUUUGGAACUUUGUGUAAAUUGGAUUUAGUUGCUAUGCAUCCCUCUGAUGCAUCAAGCUGCAUGCAUUAACAGACAGUUUAAUUAAGCAUUUAUAACUGAUUCUGGUGCACUUUUUUCAUGUGACCUAAGUGUGCUGGUAUUUCUCACCCUGUAAUCUUUAGCCCUCUGAGUACUUUGAAGCACUUUUGCAUUAAUUUGGUAAAAAUGUAUGGAUAUGGUUUUUUUUAAACCCUUACCAGCUUAGUUCUGAUUACAAAUAUGAACCUCCAUUUAUGCAGAGGUGUCUCACACCUUGAAAUUUAAAACUAUGAUUUUCACAUUGAAACAUAGAUGUAUAUAUUGUAUAGAUUUCAAAAUCUCUUAUGGAAAAUGUGAUUGUGGUUAAUGCCAUUUUCUUUUUCUUCAGCAUUUUUAGCAACAGUGUUUUUUGUACCUGAUAAGCCCCAGGUAUGAACUGCUAUAUAUAGUGUAUAUUUCAUUUUUUAGGCCUAACGGUUUUUCUUUUAACAUCCGAACGUUGUAUAUUGUAUGAUGAAAGAUACCACAGAUAGCAUUUAUAAAGUAUUCAGAAACAUUAUUCUUAAAGCAAAGUAUGUUUUGUUUUGUUUUGCUAUACAGUACAUCUAUAUUAAUAGAGGUUCAUGUUUAAAUUAUACAUAUUUAUUAGUGUUGCUAUCAUUUGUUUGUUUUUCCUUUUUUGUUCUUUUCUAAUACCGUCUAAAGAAACAGAAGCCACGGACUGCAUUCCUGGCAUGCAUUAUAACUGUUUUGCACAACGUGACUUUUAAAGGUAUUUAUUAGUAAAAAAAAAAAAAAAUAAUAAUAAAAGAAAAUAAAAAGAGAAAAUUCAAAAUAAACUCAGUGCUCAAAGGGUUAAAUCUAUUUGAAAAACUUGUACUGUAUUUCCUAAACAUUGAUAAAGCCUUUAAAAUGUUUGUACUGUAAUACUUUGCUUAAAAGUUAUGAGGCAUUCUGUGAUAUAACCUCUUUUACUUAUUUAUAAGCGCUCUUGGUUGUUAUUUCCUAUUGUAGAAUGCCUUUUUAUUUCAAUUGGUAACUUUCUGUUUUGUUCUGCCUAAUUAUUCUCCCAAGAUUCCAUACUGCAGCUUUAUCUUUAGGCAUAUGAAAGGUAACCCGUGGUUACCAGCACACUAAGUGAUUCUGUUCGUCUCCAUUUUUGGCAGUUAAUUUGCAGAAGUAACUGACAGCUGACACCAUAUGAGAAUCUAUGUAUAAAAUAUUGGCAUGUAAACAGCACAGACACUGUAAUGCACUCUGUGCCCUGUUUUGUUGUUGACAAUGAAGCACCAUUAUAUGACUCUUCAUAUAACCUUUUUUUCUACAGCAGCAUUAAAAUUGUCUUUUUGCUAUAA